AUGGAUCCUCUAGAUUCACCUGCAGAUGCUGGUCCUUCUCAAGCCCCCGCUCGGCCACUGCCAACGACAUCGAUAUACGCCGUCGAAUACCCCGGCUAUGUCAAGCUCAGUUCCGUCCCACAGGCGAUCGAAAACCUUGGCGGCCAAGCCUGCCUCGAGAACGCGUUCAAACGGACCAACGCCGACGGCCUCGUCGAGCUGAAACUGCGACCACAUAACCCGUUCUCACAUCCGAUUCCAGGCGAAACCGUGGCUACGAAUAACAUAGUCCUGAAGAUCGUGAAGCGCAAGCGCAAGCAAGCAAGGGCGCCGUAUGCGGAUGGGUUCGAGGGAGAGUACACCGCUACGGCGGUAGGAGUCGCUACGAAGACCGUGAGGUUCCGGAGCAUGGCGGACUACCAGUACCAGCCGAAUCCCGAUGAUAGUCUGGUAAAACUGAGACAUGCUAUGGAGACUAUGGAUAUCCAGGGUAUCAGGAGCUAUGCCUUUCCCGAAGAGAAAGAGGAUUAUGGUAUCGAAGUUGGGGCGUCUUUGUCUUUAGCAGGCCCCGUUCCGAGGCACGCGACGGACCCGAAUUUAGAUCCCCAGCUCCUCAUAAUGACAGAAGAACAGGACUCGACAUCUAGCCCAAUACCGUCAACCGAAGGUCCACAGGCAGAACCUAUCACCACUGCUAGCAACCUCAGAAUGUUCCCUCCUCCUGUCUUCAGCCGGCAACUCAUACCGAUGAACUAUGGGUAUAAAGCCAACCCAGCUUCCGUAGUAUCCACUGUGGUGGACGAGAAAACGGGCGAAGAGAAGAAACGACUGAUUAAUAGGAUGCGUUGGAAAGGCCUUGGGCCUGCUUCCAUCAUGUUUCAAGACGAGAAGGUCCCGGACAAGCCACCACAAUCGGUUGAGGCCAUGCGCUCGCAAAUGGACGGCACAUUACUACAGAAGAUGCAGGAGUAUUUCGCUGUACGUCCAAUAUGGACGAGGCAUGCUCUAAUGAAUCAGUUCUCCGUAGCUCAAGCUCGAGAAAUUGUUAACUCGAAAGUCCUCCUGCCGCUGGUGUGUUACGUAUUUCAAGAUGGGCCGUACAGAGACACGCUGGUCCGCUUUGGCUACGACCCUCGGAAGGAUCCCUCAGCCCGAUUCUACCAGCGGAUAUAUUUUCGCAAUUCCAAUCACCCUAUAGAGCGGCCGUCCGUUGUGAAUAAACGACAGGAACGCUCUUCUAGAACCGAAGACCAUGGAGGCUCCUCCGAAGCUGAGAGAAAAGGCUCGCACAUAUUCGACGGCGUCACCUUAACCAAGGAGACCGCCGCUUUUCAGUUAUGCGAUAUUACGGACCCCAUGCUCAAGCAGAUGAUCGACGAGUGCGACGAUCUUCGUGAUGUCUGCAAUGAACGAGAUGGCUGGUACACCACCCAUUCGUUGGAACGAAUCAAGACGAUUCUGCGGCACAAGUUCUUCUCGCUGCUAGAUGGAUACCCGGCUACGGACGAAGAGUGUGCUGUGCUGCUCGAGACGCAAAGCGGGCGGGAAAGACUGGCAUCACGGCAUGUUCCUAGACCGGGCAAACAUAAUAUGGCGAAAGGUGCACUUCGUCCGGAAGAUGCUGCAGCCCUGCGAUUACGGGCUACGUUGGAUCGUAGCAUCAAAAAUGUACCCAGUCAAAAACAAUGA